CGCGUUUCGUUUGUCCCCGCGAACCUUAUGCGUUGUAAGAUUCCAAUUCACGAAUCAACGUACUUAGCUCGGUGAUCAAAGUAUUGCAAAAUAUCUGUAACUUUCCCAACGCAUUUUCAAUAUGUAAAGUGAUCAGAAAAGUUGCUUCUCUCUCUCUCUCUCUCUCUCUCUCUCUCUGAGCUAUCAAGCACUUUGUGCUUUUCGGUGACUCAGAGGAACUGCCGCUUUUUUAAUAUUUAUUUUGUGAAAAAUUCAUCGUUACUUUUUUCUUUCCCAUUAACAUUCAGUCUGUUGGAGAAAAAAUGCAUUGUUGUCGUUGGUAUAUAAUCACGAUCGUAAGAUCGAAUCGUUAUAAUAAUUAUUGAUUGAUAUAUACAUAAACCGAAUGCGAGCUAGAAAAUCGGGACAUCGAAUCGAUGCGUAUCGCAUCAAAUGGAUUUACAAAUAGCCAAUUUUAUCAAAAUAUACUUGACUAAAGAUUUGUGAAUUGACAUUUUUUCCAUUAUUACUAUACGAAUUCAUCCGAUUGUCACACAUUUUUGAUAUUUUCGUUAAAAAAGAAUCGUAGUGCCAUGAUUAUCACGAUUUUUAACAGUGGUUUUUUCAAUCGUCUCGAGCGGAGUUUUCUCGCGUACCACCUUCCAAAGCCAGCUUGACUCGUAAGCGAGCUGUUGGGUGUCGUGAGAGAUUCGUAGAUAGAUAAAAAAAAGCUCCCUCUCUGUCUCUCUCUCUCUCUCUCUCUCUCUCCGCUCCCCACUCUUUUUUUCUCCCUUUCUCGUUUUUCUUAUAACAUCGUCCGAUCGUCUGAGUCACACGAGCGUUGCUACUUUUUCUCUUUAUCAUUUUCUCGUAAAAUUUGCUUCUGUCACCGAGCUCGAAGUAACCUGAAUUUAGGGCAAGAUCCUAACAAUCAAUGACUGGCAAAGAAGUCUUGUUGAGCAACUCAUGAAAGCUUAACCGUAAUGUCCAAAAUGUAGCUUACCGAUCAUGUUGAUUCGAGGUCUCUCGCGCGAUCCGAUUUGUUCUCCAUCGAUUCGCUUCAACUGCUCGAAUAAUGUCACCAUCAAAUCCGGUCACAAAAUCAUUUUGGCAAUUUGACUUUAUUCGUCGAUCAGUAUGAAUGGGCAAAUUGAUUUUGCAAUCAAUCGUUCACCGAGUCUUAAAAAGCUCGAAUGUUCAGCGCCCGAGCACUGUCCCGGUCUCGAAGCCCGAUACCGUAUAGAUUGACCUAAAAAUAAAUUUAUCACGCGUUUGUCUUUUUAUUUGGCGUGUGCAAUGAAUAGAGGAAAACAUUGCUCUAGAAAUUGGUAUGAAAAACGACCUCGAGAUUAGCUGGUUUAUUUAUUCACGCGUACCUUGAACGUAGCCAGGAAAAACUCAAGUCUUCCGGUUAACACUUCCAUCUCACCCUCUCACUUUUUCGCUCUCGUUCCCUCUCUUUCGGUCUAUAGAAUCAUUCGAUAUAAGAGCUUUCGCAUCCCCCAACACAAAAUGUCAAGCUCUUUCUUCGCUCGUUUCACAUGUCCGAAGAAAAGAGACGGAUUUAUCGUUCGUGUAUUUAUUUCGUUGUACAUACACGUGCCCGCGGUUGCCUCAGCCUUCCACCUGUACAAAGUUUAUCGCCGCACACUAUUAUUAUUCGUUCGAUACAUGCGAACCUCCGUUGCGAACUUGCUUUUUCUUCUGCUACGCCAUUAUUCCAGUGGUUCAUCCCUGACUUUCUUCAAUGUUAAUUAAAAUGAGGAGAAAACGUUGAUUCGAUAAUCCGACGAGCUUUUUUUUCCUUCAAACCAAACGAUUAUUUUAUUUCUCGAUCGAAUGACCCGAUGAUGCGACGAAAAGGAAGUAUGAGCGCGCAUGAAUAGAAGCUCGGAAAAACAAAUGGAAAGUAUUCGUCAAAAAAAUUAGUUUUCAUCCAACUUCGGCGGCUGUUAGCGCGAUGAAAAACUCGAUAUUUUCGAGUGAAAUGAAAUCAAGAGUCAACGAGUCGUGUCUAAAUGUUCGCCGGUCGAAUCUUCGAUGACAGGAUCGACGAGGGCGGGGCCUUUGAAGCCCCCGGUGAUUCCGUCACCUCUUAACAAUAAAAAUCUCGAAGUUAAAUUAUCGUCUUCCGGUUGUCGUCGCUCCCUCGACAACGAACCGACUAUUUUAUCUGAGGCUAGUCAUCCGGGGCAAACACGAAUGCUCCAUAAGAUGACACCUGUUCGACCUCACUCUAGCCAGCCCAUACAACUCACCCCACUUUGGGAACACGUGGUACGAACACGUCGAUUUCCUCCGGAAGUAGACACGCGCGAGACGUUUGACGAGAUUACGGAAAGGUUGAGGGAUCCGGAAUGGCAAGUCCGACAGCACGCUCUCCGGGUCCUCGUCGAUGUUUUACCGACCCUCGAUCUCGCCUUAAUCGACGACGCAAUGACGAGGGUGCUUCCGGAACUCGUCAACAAUCUCGGGCAUCUUGCACCUGCGGUAAGAAAAGGUGCUCUCGACACCCUCAGGGUCUAUCUUUUGUGCAGUCGCAAGAGAGAGGACGUCGUCGCAGAGAUAUUGAACAACGGUCUGAUGAAGCAGGACAGCCUCGAGAGCAUCCGGUCGAAUAUAACUCUAGGGAUAAUACUGAGCACGCCAUCGCUUCUGUUUCCAUCGUCGAGCAGUCCUCGUCCCUCGGACGAAGUGAUUCGGCGAGCGAUGGAAGCUCUGACGAAUCAUUUGGUACUAGUCACCGAUCAGGAAGCAUCGCUGAGAUCGUUACUCAAAAUUCAAGAGUUCCUCGGUCCGACGGACUUUGAUUUUUUUUUGAAAGAAUUAGGCCCGAACACGAAACGGGAUUAUGACAUUUUGUGCGAAGUUUACAGAUUAAAACCGAGUGAAAAAGAGUUGAGAAGGAAAAGCGGAAAAUCAAGGAAGCAGGAUUCUGAGAUCGGAAGAAAUGAAGAUUUCAACGAAUCGAUAGAAAACGUGAAAAAUCAUGAUGGUCAGAGUGAAAUCUCGGAAAUCGUUGAAAACAGUGAAAACUCCUCAAAUUUAUCCGCAGCAAGAAUCGUUCUCGAGACUGAAAUAAAACUCAACGAGAAAACGGCGAUAACGAUGACGAUUAUCGAACGAAAGGAUGAAGAACGCGAGCGAGAAUCCGAUCCCGACAGUUCUGAUGAAUUAACGAAAAACCCUCGAAAGGAGGACGAGGACGUUCCUUCGGAUAUCGAAAUCAGCGUCGAUCCCGCUUACGAUUUCACGGACGAUUGGAUCGAGAGGAGAAAGACGCCGAGAAGAGUACAUUUCGGUGGUGAAAUCGUCAAGCUUCGAACUCCUGACAGUGACGAUUCCGAAAUCGUACCGACGCAAGUAUUACAAACAAAGAUACCGAUCCCGAUUUCACCAGCGACCAAAAUUACCGCGGUACGCUCCCGCAAAGCGCGAUCCAAUCCUUCCAGCCCCAACCUCCCGAGAUCGAGAUCGAGGAAAUCGGUCUCGGUAUCGAACAGUCCGAAGAGAGAAUUUUACGUCCACGAUGCGAGCCUCAGCCCGAAAAAGAGUAUCCUCACGAAAACCAUCACCGAUUCCGCCAUGAGCACGAGCACGCUACGAACAAGCGGAGAAAUAAAUGAAAACGCGGAGUCCAGGGUCGACACAAUUUUCGGUAAGCAAGAAAAAGAUGACGAUGGUGAAUGGACUUUCGAAGUCUUUGAAAACGACGAUCUUACGUCCUCGAAGAAUCACGACCUUCCCGAGUAUUCCGAAAGCAUAAAAAACAAUCGUGACUCGAAAAAAAAACUCAAUUCUGCCAAAGCGAACAACGAACGAUCGUUCGAUAACGUAAUCGAGCAAAACAAAACGGACAUUGUUUUGCAACGGGAGAAAAGUGAUUUUUCAAAAAAAUCGCUGACAAUUGGCACCGAUGACGGAACCACGAAGAAAAAUAUUGAUUCCGGCAAAUUGGUCGAUCCACGAGAUUUGACGAGAGACGAAAUUUCUUUUGAUCAUUAUCCUGUUUAUGAUAAAGGCAUAAAGAAAUCGGCAAGCCCAAAGAAAAAUCAGCGCAAUUCUGCCAAAAUGAGAAUCGAAGAGCGAGUGAAUGAAGCAACGUCUAGAAAUGAAACUCGUACAGCCUCUCGAGGUUCCGAUUCAGAGAAAAAUUCAACUGAUUUCAUAUCGAUGAAAUCAAUACGUGAGAAAAUCGGCCCGAGAAACGAUUCGAUUGAGUUAAAGAAUGAGAGAGCAGCGGUGAACGUUAAACUCGGUGAAGUUGGCAAUGUUGAAUUGGUCAGGGGAUCUUCUCGGAUGACUUUCGAAGCGAUGGACAAAGUAAUUGUCGAAGAGAAUCGAGCUAAGAGGGAAGGAAAGGUAGACUAUACAAAAUCCGCUCCGCUCGAGAAUCGAAAGCACGAAGAGAAGUUAGAAUCAUCUUUGAGCGAACGCAACGUUAAGUCUUGCUCGACGGAGGAUCGUACGUCACCAAGAAAACACGAUUUCGAGACUUUUCCACGCAAAGAAAGAAAUUAUAUUCUCAUGGAACUCUCGAGUCCGAAUAAAACGAACCUGAAAAAUAUAUCGAGUGGAAUGUCUGGGAACGAAGGGCUGGAGAACAAAAAAUCUCUCGAGCCAUCGGAUAGCAAUUUGCCAUUAGCAGUGAACGAUUGCUCGUCGAUUGCUUCUGCGAUCGAUCAUUCGUCCCUCGAUGUUGUCAAAAAUAAAAAAAACGAUAAUAUCCACACUGCGCCUGACUCCAUUGCGAAUGAAAAAAAUGACAAAAAUCGUGUGCCACGCGACGAAAUCGAAGAAACGAAGAGAAAUUCAAAUUUUGACAUUGAAGAAAGUCCUCUCAAUGAUAUCGACAUUAGCGAACCUACGAAAUUUCGAGAAUCCAAUUGGGAGGACCUGGGGCUCGUCGAUCAGGAGGUCCUCGAUGAUCUUCAUAACAAGGAGGAUUGGCGCGCCAGAGUCCGAGGCCUUGAGAGGGUCGCAUCUGCAUUAAGGACAUCUUCGGCGUUGAUUGCCAUCGAGCCACGACUAGGAUCACUCCUUCAAGCCGUUUUGGGGGGUGAAAGAAGCUGUCGAGUCGCUGCAGCUGGAAUGGCCGUUGCGAGGGUCGUGGUCGCCGGAGUGUCCGAGGAGGCUCUGAAACGAAGAUUGCCCCAAGUGGCAUGGGGUUUGGCUCGACAGGGUGGUCCGAAUGCUGCACAACUGGCGAGGGUCGCCAUGCUCAGACUAAGACCGGCUCUUCUACUCGAACAGCUUCUCCAGCCUCAUUGUAUCAAAGCACGAAACGCUAAGACUCGAGAAAACGCCCUGCAACUGCUGAUAUUUUCGUUGGUGACGUUUCCAAGUACGGAGUUCAAUGUUGAAAACGUGGCUCACAAAGUUGCCUCGAUGGUUGGAGAUAGAAGACGACGAGUUCGGCAAGCAGCGCUGGAUACGCUUGCGGUUCUGGCGCAAAUCUAUGAACCCGAGGAAAUCAUGAAAGCUGGCAAACUGGCUGGAAAAGGUCAGCAGGACGGAGAUGCGAUGUUCACAGCGAUAAGAGCUCGUUUGGCACGAAAAUCGUUGCCGAUGGUUUCCGCAGAUGGGCUUGUACUAUACGGAUUACAAAUUUCACCGACUAUUCAAAUUGCUACGGGACCCGACGUCGACUGGAUUGUGGCCGGAAGCGGUUCAGUUUCACCGGGAACGGGACGAACGAGAGGCCAAAUUAUCGCGACAACGGCUCGACAAGGAACACACGAGAAAAAUGCAAAAAACGAAAUUACGAAAAAUGGCUCGACAGAAGUAAACUUCGUUGCUCUCGGUGUUGGAAUGGGAACAAAGAGGGAGCAAAAGAAACCUCUCGCUUGGCAACUCGUUCAACAUUCGGCACAGCGCGAGAACCGUCGCGAUCGAGACAAAUGUGAAGAUUACAACGACGAAGAAAAUGUCAUCGCUCCGGAUAAAGUUGUGGCGAAAACGAGAUUGACCGGGACACUCGGCCAAUAUCGAUCGGCUACCGAAGAUCUCGACGAUUCCUUCGAGAUCCACGAACCAAAUCCUAUUUUUUUGAUCGACGACAAAGACGUCAUUAUGAAACAACGCCAAACAGAGGAAAAUUUUCAUCGAAGGAUGGACGAAAUUUAUGCUCAGAGAACCGGGAUCGGUCAAAUAUCGCAAGAUAUAGGAGGAAACAGAUUAGAAUCUAGGAUUCCGGUAGCGCAGUCUCGCGAGCGUGAGACGAACGGCAAAGAGACAACGAGAUACGGAGGAGGGAUUCAUCCGAGACGAAGAUUAUUACCCCACGAGGAAGGAAAUAAUUUGGAAAAUUGGUCGGCCGGCUCGAGAGUCUCGAAUAGUUCGAGGCCUCAAUCGACGCACAGGGACGAUCAUUCCGAAACGGAAAUUAAAUAUCCAAGAUAUCCGAGAUUGCGGAGAGAUUCUUCCCCUCAACAUUUCUCACCAUCGCGCGAUACUUACAGAUCGAUAUAUCGACAAGGUAGAGGUUUUGCGGACGGUAACGUGUAUCGGGAGGUACAAACAGCACCGACGACGACGAGUUACGACGUCACUCGUCGUCGUCAGAGUCUCAAGGAUUCGAUGGCAACGAGAUACGUUGCGGGCUCGCGUAGAACUAUUCCGAACGAGUCACAAACGAGUACGAACACUGCGACGAUGGAUAAUAGCGAGGAGAGUACCAGAUUUAUUCGGAACUUUCACGAGGCAUCACGUUCCGGCAUCGGAAACAUCAAUUUUUACAAGGGAGACAAAAACACCGUCGAGGAGGAAGAAAACAAUGAAAUCAAUAAGCGUCACUUCGCUGUUCAGGCUAAUUCUUACAAAAUCCAAAAUUCGAACGACCGAUCGUCCCAGUGUCCGGCUCGGAUAAAUAAUGAAGCGUCGGAAACAUCGAGCAGCAACGAAUCUUCAAAUAUUUUCAUGGAGGAAUAUGGAGCUACGAAUCCUUCGGAAAUAAAGAUACGUAACGAUCGCAACACCGCAGAGGAACCUUUUGUUACGGAAAAUAAUGAGAGCUCCGCUGCAUCCCCGGACGAGGAGAGCCCUUACGCUGAAAAAUCUUUUGACGUUAUUACACACGAGACUAACCCAUCGAGACGGAAUUCCAUCGAUUACGGGCUCUCGUCGGGAAACAUCCGAGCGAGUAGCGUGGGUUUAACGAACCAGGUGGAAAUAGACGAGUCCGAAACCGAGAAAGAUUCGAGCGCGGAUGAGACGAACUCGAUAAUCCAUCGGGCGAAUCCGAGUAAUGAUUAUUUGACGGAAAAUCAUGAUUACAACAACGAGAGUUCGGAAAAUGAGGGUGCGACCACCAGCUCGAUUGAUAGAGACGUUGGAACGUUGUACGACUCGAACGUGAAUAAUUCGUCGGAAGAUUGUGCCUCAAAAGUGUCCCAAGACUCACCCACUUCGAACGAAUCCCAAGAGACGGAAAUUGAUAAUUCUACGAGAUUGUCGAGGAGUCCUACGAGGGUCGAUUCUCUGUACGCGGUAUGUUCGCUCGGAGCUGUUGCAUCGGAAAACUCGGGUCCAAGCACCGACGAGAAUGAUUCACCGGAAAUCACGACGAUCAAAAAAUUUCGAUUACAGUCGUACGUUCAAUACCCCCCUGAUCAAGUGGAUUUGGGAAGUGGAAUUGGCAUAAUUUCACCGCGCGUCGAGGUCGAAAAUCUCGUGAGAUCGGAAAUUCAAAGACGGGAGUCCCGGGAGGAAAGUAUCAUUUCGAUAAUCGUCGCGUCCCGACCAAAUUCCCGAGGCAACGAGGACAAAGCGUCCUUCGAUUCGAAGGGUUUACGACAAACCGAGAGUUUCGUUGAGAAUUCAAACGACAACGUCAUUUGUUCGUCAUGCCCUGAAAAACUUAAUGAGUCAACGAACAAAUCGAUCGGCUCGGACUCCGCUACGUGCGAGGAAAAGGUGGCGAUUCAAAAUCAUUUCUCCCGUGACUCGACGACUCUCGGAAAAAUCAAUCGCUCCUCCAACACCGAAAAUAAUGUGGACUCGCAAGAAACUCGGGAGGAGGCAGCGAGCGCGAGUGAAAAAAAUCAAGCGCAAAAGAGAGCUGGAACGUCGAGAAUUUCACGAUUGAGGCAAAAGAGCCGCACGAACAUAGCGCGAGUAGCGCCGAUGCAGUUGAGCGCUCAGAGAAAUGCUCGAAGCACAUCCAAAUCGAGAACAUUCGCCCAACAAUGUUUCACUCAAUUGGAAAGCAACGAUUGGGAAGUUACGAUGAAGGGACUGAAGGGAUUGUCACAGAUAGCGAGACAAGAGCCGGAGCAGUUGGAUACGUGUGCUCCUGGAACUGUAGGACGAUUGCUCGGUCGUCACGUUAGAAAUCUACGCUCGCAAGUGUCUCGUGCUGCUUGUCUGGCAGCUGGCGACGUUUUCCGUUCGCAAGCUCGUUGUAUCGAUCAGGAUCUCGACGACAUUGCCGGGCCAUUGCUUCACCGAACGGCAGACACGAACAAGUUCCUCCGGGCCGACAGCAAUGAGGCACUCGAUCGUAUGGUCGAACAUCUGCCACCGAAUAAAACAAUUCUCGUGAUCGUACAUCGCGGAGCAACUCACCAAAACGCAAUAGUACGAGCAACAACGGCAAGACUCCUCGCUUCGAUAGUCGAUCGCGUUGGUCCUGAAGGAAUUAUGUGCAUGCCCCGUGACGUUCGGGAGAAAAUCAUUGCUACGGGUGCCAAGCUUCUCAUGGAUGGGAAUUUGGAAGCGAGGAACCAGGCGAAAAGAAUGUUCCGUGAGCUGUCGCGUUGCGAGGUAUUCCGAAAAGUGUUGAAGGAUUCGGUGCCGGAAGCGACGCUGCGCCACAUCGACAAGACACUGAGAUCCCUCUGAUGAAAUUAGUCCGGGGAAAGAGAACUUUUUGGAGUUGAAACUUUUGGGUCGAUGCAACGUGUGCGAAUUUAUUUUUAUGGGGCCAUUGCGAGACGGUAAUUCCGGGGUUCCCUGCAGGGUCGUUGAGAGAAUUAGUGAGAGGGAGAGAAGAGACUCGGAUGAUCCUCUUUUCGAGACUUUGUCAGAAAGCUCAAAGAUAAAAAAAAAUAUAUAAAUAUAUAAAUAUAUAUAUGAAUAUAAGAAGAGAUGAAAAAAGGGCGGCUGCAAUCGCAACAAAAGAGAUUACAACGUGGAUGGUACGUUACGUUUUCCACAACACACGCGCGUGUCGUUAUAUCGUAAUAGAAAAAUAAAAAUAAUAUAAAAAUGGCGGUGGAUAUAAAAAAGAAAAAAAGAAGCAUCUAACGAAGCAGAGAAGGCGACGUGUAAGAAUUCCGUCCAUGUGUGCUUAUUACACGCUCGCGCUCUCGACUUCUCACUUACUUCGUUGACUCUGCUGUUGCCGCUGCGACGUGAGCGGUCACACAAAGUACGAAAAAACUACCUUAUGUACUCGAAAAUAAUAAUAAUAACGAUAACAAAAAGAUCUUCAUUGCUCAGGGCGAUGGUUCUGACUUGUGCUUGUCGGAGUACUAAAUUUUCAUCUAUAAGAAAACAUACAAACUCGAAUGAACGUUGAUUGAACUACAACAAAAUGGAAGAUAAUUUCCAUACGAACGCAAAAAAAAUAGUUAAAUUUGCAAGAUUUUUUACGUCACUGACGAAAAUGAAGAAAUAACGAGAGAAAUUGGUUUUUUUUGUACUCGACGUUAUCGAAGAAGUUUACCGUUUUUUUUCUCAUUUAUACACACAAUUAUACAUGUAUAGUGUUAAUAAAGAUAAAUUGAUGGAUAUAA